AUGACCGCCUUCAUCUCACCCUGGGGACUGUAUGAGUGGGUGAGGAUCCCCUUUGGCCUCAGUAACGCGCCUGCUGCCUUCCAGCGCAGUAUGGAGGAGAUGCUUAACACCCUGCGUGAUGACUGUUGUAUUCCAUACCUCGAUGAUAUCCUUUGCUACUCAACAGAUUUUGCUGAACAUGUCGAGGCGCUGCGCAAAGUCCUGAGAGCUCUUCAACAACACGGAGUCAAGCUCCGCCCAACAAAAUGUGAGUUGUUUAAGGCAGAGGUCAGAUAUGUGGGUAGGCUGGUCUCCGCAGAUGGAGUUCGAGUCGAUCCAAAGGACAUUGAAGCGGUCAAGUCACUCAGCCAAAAGAAACCAACUACUGAGAACAAGAAUUUGAAAGAGACACUGAACAAGUCGAACCUGGAAUGGACUCGGAAGAUGCAGAACAAGUGCCGACACAGGAUAUUUCCUUUCGGAGAUCAGCACGAACGAGGAGACCACCGCAGACCCUUACCUACAACGCCCUGGGCCAGCCUUCUUACCAGCCGCAGGGGAUUGUGGGUCAUGUUGGACUGUGUGGAGUACAAACAUUGCCAGUAUGGGGAAUGCAACCGUGAUUACUAUUACUGCUACGGCAACCCCACAGCUUGGGGCCCGUAA